GAGAGAGAGAGAGAGGGAGGGAGGGAGAGAGCGCCGGAGAGAGGCACGCACAACUAACUCACUCAUUCCAGUGCGCGCACACGCAAGCCACAAUGGGGACGAGAGAGUGGGCUCUCCGCUAGACAGCCACUAAGUGCUGCCCCAGAGAGGGACCGCGGUCGAGGGAGGUAACGGAGACACACAGCGAGCGAGAGAGAGAGAGUGAGAGAGUGAGAGAGAGAGAGAGAGAGAGAGAGAGAGAGAGAGAGAGAGAGAGAGAGAUAGAGAGAGAGAGAGACAGAGACAGAGGGACAAUCGGGGAAAGACGGAGCGAGCAGGGAAGGAUAAUGUGGAUUGCACCGGGAGUCGUGAAUGUCGUUGGGCUUUCUGGAGCCGUCGUGUUGUUUCAGGGGAGGCAGAGCAGGAGAUACAAAAUGGCCGCCGCGAUGAACUUCCCUGCAUGGUAACGCCGCACGAAAGAGGGCCCUUCCCCACUCGGUUCUACCAACCCGGGACGACUCCACGAUGUAAAUGAGUCCAGCCUUCUCCUUCGCCCUCUCUUCCCCCUCGUCCUGCCUCUGCGACGACCUUCCUCAGCGACCAUGAGACAAAGGAUAGGCUCCGCCCACUCCCCUCCUUUCCCCAUUUGGAUUUAGGGAGUUUUUUGGUGUGCCCACCACCACCUCCACCUUUACCUCCACCACCUCCACCUCCACCAGCACCGCCCGGCCCCGGCCCGAGGCUACAGCAGUGGCUAGUGGCAGCGGUCCCACCAGCGUCGGUGGCAGGGUGGAGAUCUACGGAGGUUAACUACGAGGAGCCUAGGCGAGCACCAUGAGGAUAGCUAGCAGCUCCCGGGGAUACCUGCCGCCCUUUCUGGUGUGCCUCUGUUUCAUCCAGAGGUGCUACGGGGCCAGUCACCACCACCCCCCGCCCGCCAAGGUGCCCUCCAGGAACGGGACGCGGCUGGCCAACGGGCAGACGGAGGUGCACCACAGACCCAAGCGCGGAUGGAUCUGGAACCAGUUCUUUGUUUUAGAAGAACACAUAGGGCCGGAGUCGCAGUACGUGGGAAAGCUCCACUCCAACUCAGACAAAGGCGACGGCUCCGUCAGGUAUAUCUUGAGCGGCGAAGGCGCGGGGACUAUUUUUAUCAUCGACGAAGUCACGGGAGAUAUUCACGCUGCGAAGAGCCUGGAUCGGGAGAGGAAGUCGCACUACGUUCUCCACGCUCAGGCUCUGGACCGCUACACGGAGGAAGCGCUGGAACCAAAAUCGGAAUUCAUCAUCAAAGUACAAGACAUCAAUGACAAUGCCCCCAAAUUUCCAGAAGGACCCUUUGUAGUGUCGGUGCCGGAGAUGUCUGAAGUGGGGACCUCGGUGAUUCAGAUAACGGCCACCGACGCAGACGACCCCACCUACGGCAACAGCGCCCGGAUCGUCUACAGUAUCCUACAGGGACAGCCAUACUUCUCCGUCGACCCCAAGACAGACAACCCCAGCCUCCUGAGUCAGGUUGCCGUGACGACGCAGGUCCUGGACGUCAACGACAACGCCCCGGAGGUCGACACGGACGAGGAGGUCAUCGUGUGUGAGAGCUCACGGCCGGGACAGGUGAUCCAGACGAUCGCGGCAGUGGACAAGGACGACUUCGCCAACGGGCAGCGGUUCUCCUUCGCGCUGCCCAGCCAGCUCCCGCCCAACCCCAACUUCACCCUCAAGGACAACGAAGACAGCACAGCUAGCAUCGUCGCGCGCCGCCGCCGCUUCAGCCACCUGACCCAGGAGCUGUACCACCUGGCCGUGGUGGUGUGGGACGGCGGCGAGCCCGUGCUCAGCGGCACCAGCACCCUGACCCUACGCGUGUGCCCGUGCCGCGGCCAGGGCCGCGCCCGCACCUGCCAGGGGGAGGCCUUCCUGACGGCCGCCGGACUCAGCACCGGCGCCCUGGUGGCCAUCCUGCUGUGUGUCGCCAUACUGCUGGCCAUCGUGGUGCUCUUCAUCACGCUGCGCCGCAGCAAGAAGGAGCCACUCAUCUUCUCCGAGGAGGACGUGCGGGAGAACGUGGUAACCUACGACGACGAGGGUGGCGGCGAGGAGGACACGGAGGCCUUCGACAUCGCCGCGCUGCGCAACCCCGCCGGCGCCGAGGAGCUCAAGUUCCGGCGGGACGUCCGGCCCGAGUCCCGGCAGCGGCACCGCCGCCGCCACCGCCGGCACCGGCCGCCGCCGCGGGAGGGGGGCGCGGCCCGCGGGGGCGGCCUCUCGCGGGAGGAGGAGGAGGAGGAGGAGGAGCGGGAGGAGCGGGAGCGGGAGGAGCAGCGGCUGGACGCGGCCGACGUGCACGAGUUCAUCAAACAGAAACUGGUGGAGGCGGACCUGGACGCCAGCGUGCCGCCGUACGACUCGCUGCAGACCUACGCCUACGAGGGCGGGGGCUCGCCGGCGGGCUCCAUCAGCUCGCUGGACUCCCCCGCCGGGGCCCGCUCGGGGGAGGGCGAGUGCCACCUGCUGGACGACUGGGGGCCCGCGUUCCAGGCGCUGGCGGGGCUGUGCGGAGAGGCGAGGGCGGAGGCGGAGGCGGUAGCAGCGGCGGCGGCGUCAGAAGAAGAGUUGGUAACGAACGGGGAAGAACUCCCAGCCCUGCCUAUUUGACUCUCCCCCCCCCCCCCCCCCCCCCCCUCCCACUCUCCACUGCCCUCCUCCUGCCUCCGUUCAAACCAAAUGCGUCCCAAAAAAAUUAUAUUAAACAAUUUCUUUCGGGACUCGAAAAGGGAAUAAUGGAAACUAUAUGAACAAGAACGUCAGGAACGUGAGGAACGUCAGAUUUGGGAAAACGCUCCCGUUGUUCGCCUUUCCACGCCGUCCGAACUGAACUGACUGGCCUCCAGUGUUUUCUUCUCUCCGUGUUGUUGCUUUGGAUCAUGGAAGGUGUUUGUCGGGAAAGGACUAACUCAAAUUUUAUGAUAAUGAAAAAGCAACAAUAAGGCAAAAAAGGGGGAAAUGAUAUUUUCCUUGGUGUAUAUUUUUUAUUGCUCAAUAAAACCCUGAAAUCCAUAUGAGUGGAUGUAUGUGA